AUGUCGUCAUCAACAUCAUCGAGAAAUAUAAAUCAAAAUGAUUUACCAGAUGAUAUUUUCAAUUACAAUAAUGAACGAUUUUAUGAUUAUAUUAAACAAUCAUAUGGCGAUGAUCUUGCUGGUUUACUUAGUUUUCAAGCCAUUAGAAAUGGAUUACAUCUUGUUGAAACGUCAUGCGACGAUAUCUUAUCAAUUUUCCAACAAGAAUCCGAAGAAAUUAACAAACUGCGACAAUUAUGUUGUUUCAAAAUUGGUAAUGACAAAUAUGAAAUUAAAUUGGGUGUUAAACUUGCUAUUAAUAGUCUGAUUGAGUUAUUGAAGGUGAAGCAAGAAGAACAGAAGAAGAAAAAAAAACAAACUUCAACUAAACGUACAUCAUCCAAUAUUGAUACAUUAAAAUCUGUUGAUCAAUUUCAAUCACAAAAUGGAAUGAUUGCACCACCAACAAUAGCUGCUUCGCCAGAUAGUGAUAUACCAUCAACACCAUUAGUAUUACAAUUAAUACAAAAUCGUUUAAAUGACAUUGAUCAUAUAACAGAUAUUGAACAACGAAUAAAUAAAUGGUGGCGUACAUAUAACGAUAAUAAUAAUUUAUUCUUAUCAGAAGGCACACAUUAUCUUUUGGAAAUCAAUAAAUCUAUAAAUGACACAUAUGCGUGUAUUUUAUCUUGUAAAUGUCGUAUUCGAUUCAAGUUGCCAUUUAUGACAACAGGUUUUUUUAAAAUUAUCAGCAUAUUAUCGACACUUGAAGGAAAAACAAUGCUUUACAAUACACGUAAAAAAGAUAAUAAUUCAAUAAGUAAUGAAAAUUCUGCAAAUCGAACAAAUAUUUCUUCAAAACGAACUCGGUCACCAUCAAGAGAAACAGCUUCGAACACAAAAGAAAGUAUCUUAAAAAAGAGUAAAUCAUCAUCUUCAUCGUCAUCAUCAAAUAAUAAACAUAUUGAUCAAGAUUAA